AUGUCUUCUUCAGGUGAAAGCACCAAGAGGGUAUCCCCCAAGAGGGAGAUAUGGGGUCGAAGGCCUCGGCCUCUGUAUUUAGGAGUAAGAACAGACUCCUCUAAGAUCAAGAAGCCAUCAGCUGAUCAACGUCGUCCGCCGCCGCCUGUUGUGAUACACAUAAGAUCACCAAAGGUUAUUCAUACUGAACCACAGGAUUUUAGGGCUCUUGUUCAACACCUAACUGGGAAUAAGGCUUCAUCUGGAUCUGUUAGUACUGCUGUGGUUGAUGACUUCAAGAGCAAAGCUUGUGAUAUUCCAUCUAUUGGAGAUGCAGUGAAGAACUAUGAGGUUGAGAUUUUCUCUAGCAGUGAUUCAGUUAGGGACCCUCAGGACAAUGAUGCUGAGAGGAGUGCUCCUGCUCCACUUCUUGCUCCUAUGGUGCCUCCUUCAUGGCCUGCCAGCCCACCAUCAGUGUCUGGAACUUUCUUUCUACCAGAUUCUCCAAUGACCAACUACCCUCAUGAGUGGCAUGAAUUGGGCCCAAUACCUUAG